AUGUCAGAGAGAGCAUGCAUGCUUUGUGGUAUUGUGCAAACUACAACAGAGUUUACUAGGGAUGGAUGCCCCAACUGCCAAGGUAUAUUCAACGAAGCAGGCGUCACAAGCAUGGAGUGUACCUCACCCUCUUUCGAGGGCCUAGUAGGAAUGUGUAAACCAUCAAAAUCCUGGGUUGCAAAGUGGAUAAGUGUCGAUUCGUACAUCCCUGGAAUGUAUGCCAUAAAGGUGGAUGGAAGACUGCCGGUAGAGGUGGUGGAUCUGUUGCCACAUUAUAAACCAAGAGACGGUACGCAGGUCGAUUGA